AUGCCCCCCAAAGCCGCGCGCGCAAGCGCCCGUGGAGGAGCCUCCACUCGCGGAGCUCGCGCUGAAUCAAACACCACCACUCCCGCUGGCGGGGGCACAGAGCAAAAUUCUCCCGCAGAAACCGACACACCCGGCCCCGCGAAUCGAGCCUCGGUGCAACGGCUCAAAACUACGAACAAACGCACACCGUCUGGCAGCAUUGCGCCAAUCAGUCGUCCUUCGUCUGCGCUUGGCAGUGAGCCGCCUAAACCAGUCAUGAAAUACCGACCCAGAGCUGUCGGGCGUCGCAGCAAGCAAGAACGAGAUGAUAUUGAACGGAUCGAAAGGGAGCGAAACGAUGCACGUUUGAAGGAAGCUGCAGCUAUUCAGCGCGGCCGUGGGGCACCUCGUCGGGCUGGAUUCCGUGGCCGCGGCGGUCCUAUGGCUAUGAGCAUGGGAGGUGGCUUCGGAGGACGAGGUGGCAAGCGCGGCCGCGGUGGUUUCGGUGGUGGAGGUGGUGCUGGGGGAUAUGCAGGCGGCGCAGGCUCAGGGCGCAACCGGUCUGGUCUUACUGGAGGGAACCGUGGGCGUGCAUACGACUCUUCUGAUGACGAAGAUAAUUCACUUCGCAUCAGCAUCGACCAAAUAAACCUCGACAGCGACGAGGAGGAAUGGGACAGACCCAAGGAUUCCAAGGGAAAAAAACUAAGCAUGUCACACACGGAUCGUGCGCUUCGUCCCGUCCGCCUUGAGAGAUAUGAACAUGAGGAACGGGUCAUUAGUGUCAAUAUGGAGUCCAGCUCUUCCCGAGCUGCUGAUCUGCGCAAAAAGGCAGAGAAGGAGAAGCAGAAGGUCAUGAAGGAUGCUACAAAGACACCUACCAAAGUCAAAUCGGAGCCACUGGACGAGGAUGCUGUCAUGACAGAUGGUAUCCCCCAAGCAGAUGAUGACGGGUUCUUGCCGGAACACAAUGUCCGAGUGCGCUCUGUGACCAUGAGCCCCACAAAGAGAGACACGACAGAAUUACGAUCAUCUCAAACUACGCCUGAGCCCAAGCUGCUGGACCCACGCAGCCUGCUCCAUACCAAGGAGGAAAUCGAUGAAUAUGACCGUCACCAAGAAGAUUUGUCUAUUAUUAAGCACCUUCUCAUCCCUAAAGAGCCAAAGAAGGCCACCACGGAAGGGGAAAUUGCUGAAGGGGCUACGGGAGCUGAGAUCACCGCAGAAGAGGGACAAGAUAAAAACAAAGCCGACGAAGAGGACGAAGAAGAAAACCCUCUUCUCGGUCAAUUGUUCCUCAUGCAGUUCCCACCAAUGACUCCCAACCUUAAGAUCGCUGGAUCUACAACAGAAAAUCAACAACCAACUGCAGAAGCAGACAAAGAUGCAGAUCCCAAGACCGAGCCCAAGGUCAAACGCGAAGCGGGCGAUGACGUGGAGAUAGUGGAAAAUACUCAACCGGUGGAACCACAACAAAACGAUAUCAUCUCAGCUGGGAAGCCCUGGUCACUACCAACGGGCCGUGUUGGCAAAUUGAAUGUGCACCAGUCGGGCCGUGUGACCUUGGAUUGGGGUGGUAUUAGCAUGGAGCUAGACCGCGGAGCACCUGUCGGCUUCGUCCAAGAGGCCGUAAUUGUCGCACCAACUGUUCAUAAGGAGCCCGAGAUUGUGGGUGAUGAUGAUGGAGCAGAAAGACGUGUUUGGUCGAUGGGCCAAUUGUCUGGCAAGUUUACGCUCACACCUAACUGGGAUGAGAUGCUUUGA